AACACUUCAACGGUGCACGAGGAUCCAACACAUAACUCCCAUUCGCGAGUGUUUUUUAAAGGUUGUGCCAAGUAGAAUAUCUUUAAAUAUGGUAGUGUCAGUGUAGCUGUUAGCUUCUUCCAACUCAAAUAACCAAAACCUUCCGGCAGCAUCGUGGCUGAUCUGCGGAGGACGUCUUCGUAGUCGUAGUCCUAGUGGCACUUUCGUCGCGGAACCGUGCGACGACUUUCAUGUGGGAAAUGUUGGAUCCGGAUCUAGAGUGCGGUAACGAAUGUGGCGGUCCGGGACCACCUCCGGAGUUUCGAAUCCCGCCUCCACCGCGGCCUCCCUUUCUGGCCGAGCUGAGCAACUGCAACGAGGACGGUGGCGUCGGAGGGUCGGUGGCGGCCAUGCUCGGACCGGGCGGUUCGGCCACCUCCCCCUUCGGCGAUGGCGACAUGUGCGAAGCGAUACCGAUCCUCGACGCGAGCUAUCAUAGCAGUCCAUCAUUCCAAACAUCCGCCAUGAUUGUGCUGUGUUCAGUGCUACUAUUGUUAGUCAUUUUUAUAUCGUCGUUACUAGUGUGGAAACACAAGCGAAAAGUUCAAAAUUUCCUGCCCUGCAAAACGCCAACCCGGGGGCCGCCGCAUCAUCUGGACGCAACAGGUGUCUCGGCGGCCCACUCGGUGACGUACGAGGACCCCGACGUGCACCUAGGGCACCAUCCGCUGGUGAUGCGGCAUCACCACCAUCAUCACCAUCACAACAUGGAGCUCCACCAUCCGAAGCAGCUUCACUACCCGAGUGGGUAUCCGAUGCCGCGGUCACCGCCGCUAUUUAUUUGCUCGUCACCGGGGCCGGACCCGUACCGAUCGCAUGACAACGUGUACGAAGAGCUGGAGCAUCCCCGCGAUACGGACUCGGAGCCACCGGUCCAAUCGGACGACGACUUUGCCGAGGACGAACUGAGCCUACCCGGUGACCGGUCGUUUCAUAAAUCAUCUUCGGACGGUGGCACGACGGUGGCCACAAUCUAUCACGACCGAAGCGCUAGCAGUAAUGGGGGAACCAGCACGGACCAGUACAUGGAGCGGAACCGAACCGAACGUAAUUCGUUGCUCUCGUCAUCGUCAUCCGGAAAUGACAAUAACCUGAGGCAGAGUGCGGGGGCUGGUGCUGGGGCGGGGGUGGCUGGUCCAAGCAAUGGAAGUGUCGUUAGCGGGGCUGGGGUUGCAGGUGGCAGCAGCAGCACCAGUAGCCACAACAAUAGAAAUUCAAACUCUAGCAGUGAAUGUGCCAGCAGCGCAAGUGGGAACAACAACAACCCUAAUGGCUGCGUCAACGGCAGCAACAUCAGCAGUACCAGCACCAGCAACAACAAUAAUAGCAAUAGUAGUGGAACCAAUAAUAAUAGCAUCGGUGGGCUAUUUCGUUCUAGAAAGCAGCAACCAUCGACACUAGGAAGUGGAAGGGGCAAUAAGCAUUUGAACAAUCUAAACUCGUUGGUCGAGCCUUCUAGCGAGGUGUCUCAUACAUUGCCGGCGGGGUGUGACGAGCGAGCUAUGAUGACUUUGCCACCCUCCUAUCAAGCAGCAGCGGCGGCUAGCCGAACCAGUCCUAAUAAUUUGAAUAGUAUCAACAAUAACAGCUUUGUGAAUAGCAAUAGUUUGAACAACAAUAGCAGCCGAGGCAAUUACUACAGUACAAUAGAUGAUGAGUGUGAUCCAGUCGAACGGCGGAACCGGAUCAAUGCGCAACUGUCGGCUUCGGCUGCAGCCAUCAACAAUGGCGGCCCUGGCGUGUCCACCAUCUUCCGCAACAUGCGGCCACCCCAAUAUCCAGGCAACAAUCACAAUCAUCAUAAUCAUCAAACAACGAACGCAAGCAGUCGAUCACGGACGAAUCCACGUUCCCUGGAUCGACGGCGCUAUCUUAUCAAUAACAAUAAUAACAACAAUCAUAGUCCCGGUAGCAAUCUAGCGGUGAUAUCUUCCCAAGAUCCCUCCCAGUACAUCUACCACGAGCCAGUGUUUCACGAAGGACUCAUCUACGAUGCCUGCUUGUCGUACAGUGAUCGAAGUAGUGGAGGCAGUGCCGGUCCUCCGUAUCCCUACGUCCUGCCACAGUUCACCACCUUCCGGAAUCACCACGGGCAGCAGCAGGCCAUCUACUCGAGGGACAGCAGUUUCGGGUCCGAUUCCGGCUACAGUCAGCACACGCAAGCAUCGAACCGUAGUGUCGGCUGGAGCAGGAAUCGACCUCCGCAGCCAACGCCACAUCAGCUGAACCCUCCCGAGCAGCAACCGACGGUGACGGACUCUUGAGGAAAAGUUUCACCCCUGGCAGCGACUCUGAUUUCGCAGCUCGUGUGUGGCAAAGUCUUCAUCUGAAGCUGUGCAGGUUGUACUCUCUCUCCUCUCCGCGCGUCGUUGUUGAGCCCCGGGACUCAAGUAAAAUUUCCCUUCUAGAAGCGUAGGCGACAAACGUAGAUUUUAAGACAACAUGAAAUGUGAUUUUAAUUUUAAUGUGAAGCCCCUUAAGGAACCGAUUACUAAUUUGAACUCUCGAGCCGGAUUUAACAUUGCAUACCGUUCAUCCAUUCAGGCAUACAUAGUAGGGUGGCCAAUAAUGAUCAAACUACAAUUUUUUUUUUCAUAUAGAAAUGGGUCACCCUGAUACAUACGCUGCUCCCACAAGCGAAAAAAGACUGUUUAACUAAGGAUAGGUUUUACUCCGAACUUUUUGUCUUAGUAGAAUUAUUAACGGAACAUAAUGAACCGAUCGAUCGAGCUAUCAAAUCGCAGAUUUAACCAACACCGUAACUUUUAAGAUCUACCUUCCUAGGAUAAGCAAUCAGGUCGUGAUUUUCUUUCCGCUCUUUCUCCCUCUUGAUUCCUCUCUCUCUUCACAGAUACAGUAAUCUAAACAGAUAUAGGACCCCGAUGGAUGAGGAAUUUUAAUAACGCAUGAAACAAUCGAAACUUAGUAGAGUACUUAAAUAGAUAAAUCAGAAUCAGAGCGAGCAGGACGCGUAUUGUAUCCAAACAGAGCACAACUAUGAAUCCUAUACUCUUGAGAAGUGAGUUGAUUAUUUUUUUAAAACAGCAGCGAUCAUGGGAAUCAUGUUCUCAAAGCAGGUAAAUGAACAGAAGAAAAAACUGGAAUACCGUA